AUGGUACCUGAAAAAAGGAAACAAGACGUGGAGAAGGUAGAUGUGGCCUUGAAUGAUUCGCCAGUUGCAAAGAAACCCAAAAUCGAAGCGGACUCGGUGCCUGCUCAGGACCCAAACUGGACCCUGUAUGUGAAGAACCUCAACGAUAAGCUCCAUUUGAAGAUGAUGAAAGAGCAGCUGUAUGUGAUGUUUUCAACGUUUGGAGAUGUUGUUGCUAUUGAAUACAGGCCGAAACAGAAUAUGCGUGGUCAGGCCUUUGUGUCGUUUGGCAGCAUAGAAGAUGCUUCUUUGGCACUAAAGGGCUUGCAAGGCGACCUGUUCUUCGGCAAACCAUUGAGUAUAGAAUUUGCCAGACAAACGAGUAAAGCUAUCGAAGUGUUUUCUACAGAGACACAAAAUGGGAGCUGA